AUGAAACAGCGGAGGACUGGAGAUAACACCAACACAUCUUUGUGUCAACCUUCAACCAUACAGAGUGUAGAUGAACAGAGUGAUAAGACUUGUUUAAAUGACAACGCAAAUGUCACCCUACGAAAUAAGUCACAACGUUCACAGCAAGUAAAGUUAGCUGGAGAAGGAACACCUACUGGUGUAUCCGAAGAACGUCUACGUGUUAUUAUUAGACAGGAGCUAACAGAAAUAUUAAAAACUAAUCUCAAAGCAUUGGUGAAAGAGGAGUUAUCUAAUAUCGCUCAGCAACUAUCUGGCUUUCAUGAUUCUCUGACAUAUUUCAAUGGGAGUUUUGAAGAUAUCAAAAGGGAUAUUGAGAAGAUUACUCUUACUGUAAAAUCACUGGAAACAGACAACAUUAAACUUUAUGCCACUAUAGCUGAUCUGUCAGUCAGGCUAUCUUCACUGGAACAAGUAUCGCGUGAGUCCAAUAUCGAAAUCAACGGAAUUCCGGAGAGGAAGUCUGAGAAUUUGAUCGGUGUGGUUUCUCAAUUGACCCAGUCCGUAGGGUGUUCGGUGGCAGUCGACGAUAUCCUUCAUGUUACUAGAGUGGCAAAACUAAAUCGUGAUAAUAAACGUCCGCGUUCAAUAGUUGCCAAACUUCGUAGUCCUCGUCAACGGGUUUCACUUUUGGCAGCAGUAUCGUCCUAUAAUAGGAAGAACCCGAAAAAUAAACUAAACACUACACACUUUGGCUUGGAAGAACCUGGGCAUCCAGUGUUUGUUUCAGAACAUUUAACACCAGCUAAUAAGUCACUACACGCGGCUGUUCGCAUGAAAGCUAAGGAAAUGUCAUAUAAGUUUGUAUGGGUCCGUAAUGGACGUAUAUGCAAGAAAGGACGAAUUUAA